GUAACGGUUCUGGUUCUGUAGCAGAGCCGGUCUCAGUGUGUGAGGAGAACAAGAGUCAAGGUUGAGUGGGUCAUUCCCUCCCCGUGUUGUCAGCUCUAAUAAUAGACCGGGUCGGUUCUGGAUCGGGUUCCUCUGUCAACCCACAAAGGGCUCGUUGGGAGGAAGAGGAGGAGCUCUUUGUUUCUUCCUCACCUCGUCUGUGUCCAGCAGAACCUAUUUUCUAACUACCGGGUCGUUUAAAGAACAGCUCCAGAAGUUCUGGAGGAUCUCCGGGUCUCUGGAACAUUUGUCUGGUCGGUCCGACCCGUUUGACCCGGUUCCAUGCAGCGUUACCAGCACCACGGGGCGGCUCCUGUAGAGGAGAUCCACGCCGAGGGGGGGGAGGUGUGUCAGCAGACAGGAGGCGCUAACGAAGAGGAGGUCCGUCAUCCGGAGGAGCCAGCCGUCCAGAAACCCGAGGGGAAGACGGCUGCUGUGGAGCACAAGAACGGGAAGAGGAGCGACGUUCCGGCUGCAGAAGGAGGUCCCAGGUUCUCCACGUUCUCCUGGUUCGUGGUCCUGGCCCUGCUGGGCGUCUGGAGCUCCGUGGCCGUGCUCUACUUCGACAUCGUGGACUACGACAGCGUCAUCGCCAGAGCUCAGGAGUUCCGCAUGAACUUCUCUGAAGUUCUGCAAGGUAAACUAGCCGCCUACGACACCGACGGAGACGGAGACUUUGACGCGGAGGAUGCCAAAGUUCUGCUCGGAGAGACUUCAGAGGAAGCUGAAACAAACCGAACCAAAGCACAAACCUCAGAUCGUCCGGUCCGAGGCUUCAAGCUGCGGUCGGCUCUAAGAGAUGAGCUGAGGCUGAUCCACGAGAAGAUGGAGGCCAAGAGAAUCGCUCGGAUUGCGUUGGCUGAGAUCAGGGCGCUCUUGGCUGAGGAGCUGGAGGAGAGGGAGGCGGUCUGGGCUCAGAAGAUGAAGGACCUGGAAGCAGCUCAGGAACAACUGAGGGCCAAAAUGAGGAUGGAAGAGGAGAGACUGGAACGGGAGAAGGCUCUGGAGCAGGAAAAGAUCGAGAAGGAAAGACUGGAGAGUGAGAAGGCGGAAAAGGAAAGACUGGAGCGAGAGAAGGCGGAAAAGGAGAGACUGGCAAUGGAAAGGGUGGAGAAGGAGAGACUGGCGGCAGAGAAGGCAGAAAAGGAGAGACUAGCGGCAGAGAAGGCAGAAAAGGAGAGACUAGCAGCAGAGAAGGCAGAAAAGGAGAGACUAGCGGCAGAGAAGGCAGAAAAGGAGAGACUAGCGGCAGAGAAGGCAGAAAAGGAGAGACUAGCAGCAGAGAAGGCAGAAAAGGAGAGACUAGCGGCAGAGAAGGCAGAAAAGGAGAGACUAGCGGCAGAGAAGGCGGAGAAGGAGAGACUGGCAAAGGAAAGGGCAGAAAAGGAAAGACUGGCAAAGGAAAUGGCGGAGAAGGAAAGACUGGCAAAGGAAAGGGCAGAAAAGGAAAGACUGGCAAAGGAAAGGGCGGAGAAGGAGAGACUGGCGAGGGAAAGGGCGGAGAAGGAGAGACUAGCAAAGGAAAGGGCAGAAAAGGAAAGACUGGCAAAGGAAAGGGCGGAGAAGGAGAGACUGGCGAGGGAAAGGGCGGAGAAGGAGAGACUGGCAAAGGAAAGGGCGGAGAAGGAGAGACUAGCAAAGGAAAGGGCAGAAAAGGAAAGACUUGCAAAGGAAAGGGCAGAAAAGGAAAGACUGGCAAAGGAAAGGGCAGAAAAGGAAAGACUGGCAAAGGAAAGGGCAGAAAAGGAAAGACUGGCAAAGGAAAGGGCAGAAAAGGAAAGACUGGCAAAGGAAAGGGCGGAGAAGGAGAGACUGGCAAGGGAAAGGGUUGCUAGAGAACAGAGGGAACGACUGGAACGACAGAGAACAGAAAAAGAAAACACUGAGAGGGAGCGCAUUGCUAGAGAAAGACAGAGAUUAGCCCAAGAAAGGAGACAGAAAGAAACAUUACAGAAGGAGAAAGUCCAGAAUGAAAUAAUUGCUAAGCAGAAAGCAGAGAAGGAAAGAAUAGAACGGGAGCGACUUAGUAAGGAAAGAGAGAGAAUCGCUAGACAGAAAGACCAAGAAGUAAAAGAAAGGAUUGCUAAAGAGAGAGCAGAAAAUGAACGGCUAGAGAGGGAAAGUCUAGCCAAGGAUAAAGCUGACAAAGAAAAGACAGAGAGAGCAACUAAAGACAAGGAAGAGAGGGAGAGAUUAGCUCAAGAAAGAGCUAGACUGGUUGAGGAGAAGAGAUCAAAUAAAGACAUGUCAGUGAUGAGGGAAAAGAUGGGGAGAGAACAAAUGAUGAAGGAACGACAGAAGCAGGAAAGGGAGAAGUUAGAGAGAGAAAGAAUUUCCAGACAGAAAGAGUUGAUGGAGCAACAGCGGCUGGCCAGGGAGAAGGCCAUCCAGGAGAAGAUGAAGGAAAAGCAUCGAAAUGCCACAAACAAUGAUAUAAAGAGACGAGAGCUUCCAGACAGGAAGUACAACACCUCCCAAACACGAGCUCCAGCAGCCGUCAGGAGGGAGAAGAUUGUUGCUGAUGGGACUAAAAAAUGAUGGGACCUGGUGGAUGGUGCCACAGCUCUUUGGUCAUGGAAACAGAUGGAUGAAGGAGCGUGUUCGGAAGCUGAACUCUUGGACUGUAAACAGUUUCACCUGUGUAAGGCUUGUUUGGACACCCACAGGUGUUGUCUUACCUGUAAAUAAGUGAUCAUGUCACCCAUUCCUCUUGUUGUCCCACCUGUAGAAUUGGUAAUCAAGUUACACCAAAUGUACCUAAGGGCAAUUUAGAGAGACUAGUUAACUAAAGCUCAUGUUUUUGAACUGUGGGAGGAAGCUGGAGUACCAGGAGAGAACCCACACAUGUGCAGCGACAACAUCCAAACUCCAUGCAUAAAGACCUAAGGCCGGGGUUCUGACCAAGUCAACAGUGCCAACUGCCCUAUCAGGCUGGGCCAGGUUUAUAUCAUCAGCUGAUACUCCCUGUAGGAUCUCCUUUAUACCCAAGCCUUGAUUUUCUAACCUGUAUUUAACUAUCACUAUGGAGGAUAAUCAUAAAGUUGGUCAAAACAAACAUAAUUCAAUUCUAAACUUUGAUUGUUUCAAACCAGCCAGUCAUGACGGUUGAGAUAUUAUCACCUUGACGAAACCUUAAUGACUCUGAGUGACCUCCACGUUGAUUAGAAUGCAAUUGUCCAAUCAUCAGAUCUCAAAGCGGGAGCAGGACGUCCCCAUAGUGGAGACAGAUAGAUGUACCCCUGGAACAAACCCUUUUGAAUUCUGGUCUGUUAAACUGGACCAAUAAGACGUAAUGGGGCUUGAAAGGGUGAAAGGGAACAGGCCUCUGCUCGUCUACAUCGCCUUCAUACACAAUGCUGUCUUUGUUAAAAAGUUAAAAACCUGGUAAAAACGUGCUGUAUCAUUAACUGUCACACUCGUUCACACAAUCGUUUGGGGAAAACGAUUGUGUUUAACACGGAGCUUUUAGCAGGAUGCUAACACUAGCCUAGCCAGCUGAGGCUAGCAUAAAACGGUCGGAGUAAAGGAGAGCCUCUAUUUCCUCCACAGCAUAGAUUAAUUUAGACAUUACAUCAUACAUUGUCCUCACUCCUUGGAGGUUAUAUGUGAUAUUUCAUUACAACUGAAGUAAUUUAAAAGAAAUUAUAGGCAUGUGUGUUUCUCUGAGCUAGUUUCACACUGAGCUUUUAGCAGGCUGUGCUAAAGCCAGUUAGUGCUAGCCUAGCUAGCUAAGGAUCACAAACAGUGUGAAAGUAACGAUCCUUUGUUAAUAUUCCCAGCUUCAUAAAUAAAUUAACUGAUAAGCCUUCAAACCUAAAUGCAGAGUGGAUGCCAGGCUUAAAAUCAUUUUAAACAAAUUUGAGGAGGAGCACCGUGGCGUGAAGUGUGUUGUUCACAUAACUCUGAAAUGAUGAGUUUUCUCUCUAAGACAAACAAUUCAGGGAUCCUUGACCCUCCCAAAGCUGCUUUGUCCAUGAACAUUUCUGAAAUAUUCUCUGGUAUGAAAACUAACUGACAUAUAGAACUAAAGCUCAUCUUCUGA